AUGCUCCCAGGAAAGCCGUGUCAGCCGAAAUUCGUCUUACCAUCACAAGAAGACACUCUGACGUUUGUCGAACGAAUCAUCAACACAGAAGUUAGCGCCCUGAAGGGAAGGAGCAAUGAUGGAACGUGGAAGGGAAUUAUAGAGUUCGUCCAAGGAAUGGGGAAGGACAUUGCUGUUAUCGAGAACGGUGACCGUCUCGGUACAGUGCAUGCAAGCCAUAUUCAAGCACACUCCAUGAUGAUUGCAGCUGAGUUUAAUUCAUCUUGUUUCUCGAUGACGCCUCUUACUGAUAUCCGCGAAAUUCUCGUCCCUGCGUACUUCGGCUUGCACAAGUAUCUCGACAUUUGCUACCUCUACCCAGGUUAUUAUCAUACAAAACCGAGGGAGAAGGCGGACGAGAAGAAGCGGACAAGCGAAGAAGAUUUCAAGAAGAUCGUCCGUGCUAUCGAGACAUGA